AUGACAUCAACAUAUCAUGAAUCCUCACAGAGAAUGUGGGAUCUCGUUACUGGGGAAUCGCCAUUUUCAAAAGCAGACGCGUCUCUUCUUGAAAGCUUCGAUUACCUUGUCGAAAUUAGUGGAACUGUUCCCCAAACACCAUCCAACGAGAAAGGUCUAUCCGUUGUUCACAGCCAUUAG